UUUUUUUGGAAGUACCUUCAAAAGUUAGGUUUAGAUCUGCAUGGAGCCGUUUAUCAGAGUUCUUGUUCAGCACAACUUGUCUUUUCUCUGUUCAACAGCUGAGAGACCAGAUCAACUCUGAUCAUCGCGUGAGAGCUAUGCUGGAUAGGUACAUGGAAGUGAGCGCAAACCUCCGAGACUUGUACGAAGACAAAGACGGAAUGAGGAAGGAUGAGCUGAAUGCAAUAUCGGGACCCAACGAGUUCGCUGAGUUCUACAACCGACUCAAAGUGAUCAAGGAGUUCCACAGAAAACACCCUAACGAGAUCUGUGUGCCCAUGUCAGUGGAGUUUGAAGAGCUCAUGAAAGCCAAAGACAACCCCAGUGAGGAGGCACAAAAUCUGGUGGAGUUCACUGAUGAAGAGGGUUACGGACGCUACCUGGAUCUCCACGACUGCUACCUGAAGUACAUUAACCUCAAAGGAGCGGAGAAACUGGAGUAUGUCACUUAUCUGUCAACAUUCGAUCAGCUCUUUGACAUCUCUAAAGACCGGAAGAAUGCAGAGUAUAAGAAGUAUCUGGAGAUGUUGCUGGAGUACCUGCAGGAAUACACGGAUCGGGUCAAGCCUCUGCUGGAUCAGAAUGAGCUCUAUGGAAAGAUCUUGGCAGAGUUUGAGAAGAAGUGGGAGAGUGGGAUGUUUCCAGGCUGGCCGAAAGAGACGAGUAGUGCUCUGACUCACGCUGGAGCCCAUCUGGAUCUCUCUGCCUUCUCUUCCUGGGAGGAGCUGGCGUCUCUGGGUCUGGACAGAUUGAAGUCUGCUCUCAUGGCUUUAGGUCUCAAAUGUGGAGGCACACUAGAAGAGAGAGCCCAGCGUCUGUUCAGCACUAAAGGCAAAUCCUUGGAGGCACUGGACCCCUCACUGUUUGCCAAAAACCCAAAAGCCAAGGGACCGAAGAAAGACUCGGAGCGCAACAAGGAAUCUGCUUUUCUUGAAGCUCAGAUUUAUGAAUAUGUGGAGAUCCUGGGGGAGCAAAGGCAGCUGACGCAUGAGAACGUCCAGAGGAAGCAGGCGCGUACAGGAGAGGAGCGUGACGAGGAAGAUGAAGAGCAGCCCAGCGAGAGCGAGAGUGAAGACGAAGAUAAUGAGAUCAUAUACAACCCCAAAAACCUGCCGCUCGGCUGGGACGGAAAGCCGAUUCCAUACUGGCUGUACAAGCUGCACGGCCUGAACAUCAAUUACAACUGUGAGAUCUGUGGCAAUUACACGUACAGAGGACCCAAAGCCUUCCAGAGACACUUUGCAGUAAGUUUGCAAGAAACAUCCUCAUAUUCCAGAAUUUGUAGUUAUGGAGCAGGAUCUCAAUUGUUUCUAUUUUAG